UAGGCAUCGGGUGCUCCAGGUUCGUUGUUCCAUCCGUCGUAAACAACAGUUCUAACCGUUCUUUUUUUUUUUGACGCUUUGUGAAAUUUGUUUUCACGCUGCACAAGAACAGUAAGACAAAAGAAAUGCUUUCCAAGCACAAGACUCGGAAGCGUUACUUAGAGCCGGAUGCUGAGCCACAUGAGCGUAUGCCUAAAUCGACAACUCACAGACUCAAAACUGCAAGAGCACCAACCCCUUCAACUAGUACUGGCUCUUCCACGUCCUCUACUUCCUUUGAAGCUCAAGUACCGGACUGCGCAGAUGGCCCAGAGGGAGAUACCUGCACCGAGGAAGAAUGUAACUCGCCGGAGCACGAAAGUGCUCAAGGUUCAAACCAUGAUCGGCCGUUCGUCGAGUUUGUCACGCCUCUGGGGAACGGUACUUCACUCUCUGUUGGCGACGCUCUAGUGUUAAUCAUGGACUAUGCAAUCGAAGUUGGACUUGCGUGGACCGACAUCGAAAAGCUUCUGAAGCUACAAAACCGGCUGCUGGGAACGAGCAGCCUCCCAGAGAGCAAGCAUUUAUUUCGUAAGUUUGCCAGUGCCUCCCCGGAUGACGUCACGUUUCACUUCUAUUGCCCGACGUGUGAAACUCUGCUCGGAAAAACAACAGGGAGCCUAAAAGAAAGACAGGCCAUCUCGCCUACCUGCUCGGUGUGCGGUGAGCGCUACACCGGGAGAGAUCUCAUGUCGAGAGGAAAUUAUUUCAUCAGUCUUCCGCUGGAGAAGCAACUUGAAUCGGUUCUGGCUGACGAAACCGUGCGAAUCAAGCUAGCGGAAUCCCUGACGACUGCCGCUGCACCGAGGUCAUCCACUGUGAAAACGGACAUAACCGACGGCGAUUUCUACCGCGACCAGCGUGCUAAACUUGGUUGUGGGGUUCAUGACCUCACCGUUUCCAUGAACGCGGAUGGCAGCCCGGUGUUUAAGUCUGCGAACUAUUCCAUUUGGCCCGUCCAGUUGACGCUGAAUGAGCUGCCACCAUGCUUGCGCUGGCGUUCUGUCGUCCUGCCAUUGUUAUGGUACGGUGCAAAGCAUCCAAAUAUGACCCUACUGCUUCAAGCCUUCACAACCCAGAUGGAAAGGCUAGCCGAAGACGGGGUCACCUGGAAUGCUGGGGGCGUAACCGUAAACUCCAAGGUCUACUGCAUCAGCUGUGUGGCAGACUCCCCGGCAAGGGCAGCGAUGCAGAAUGUUAUGCAAUUUAACGGUUACUAUGGAUGUUCCUGGUGCCUCCACCCCGGAGUUUGCAUAAAUGGUUGCAUCAAGUAUCCUGCAAGUGCUGGUGCUAUGGAUGACCGGACCGAGCGUGGAAUGGUUGAGGACAUGAAGGAGGCUGCAGCAAGCAACCGCACCAUCCAUGGAGUCAAGGGACCAUCGCCCCUUCUGAACGUACCAGGCUUCGAUAUAGUCUGGAGUUUCCAUCCAGACUAUAUGCACGGCGCCCUUCUGGGCGUAACGCGGCAGUUUGCGGAGCAAUGGUUUUCUGCUGUGGGUGAGGAUUUUUACAUUGGGCAGCCUUCACGGCAGUCUAUUGUAAACGAAAGGUUGUGCAGCCUGAAGCCACCGCAGUGCUUGAACCGUCCGCCACGAGCACUGAAGCUCAGGAAAUAUUGGAAAGCGGCCGAGUGGCAGGCCUGGUUAUUUUAUUACUGCCUGCCAUGUGUGAAGGGUGUUCUGCCAGAUGUUUACUACGAGCACUUCGAGCUCUUUGCCUCCGCUUUGUACAUUCUGACGAAGACAGAGGUGACACGUGAAGAUGUAGAUCUUAGCACGGAGAAACUGACAGAGUUUGUUGUUGCCACCGAGUUCUUGUAUGGCAAGACGCACAUGAGUUCGAACCUGCACAUGCUCCUGCACCUUCCGAAGGCUGUGCUCCUCCAUGGGCCAUUAUGGGCACUAUCAUGUUUCCCGUUUGAGUCCAACAUGGGGCAUCUUUUGAAACUCAUUUCCUCGUCGAAUGGUGUGCCCUUCCAGAUCUUAUCUCGGAUCCUCCUCCGCAACAGCUUUUUCGAGCUGAGGAGUAUGGCUUCAGAUGAGGUCCGGGAACACCUUUCGACGAGGAAACCUGACAAGCCAGGUGACUUGCACCUUUUUGGCAAACCUAGGCAGCUGCCCGACUCUCUGCUUGGACUUGUUGAGGAGCUGGCCUCGGAAGUGAUGCAGGACAUUGUCGAGUACGACCGUGUGCGUGUUGCAGGGCACACAUUUCACAGCACGCAAUACCGUGCUCCCAUAAAGCGGGACUCCACAGCCCUAAGGCUGGGGGAUGAGUUCAUAAGAGCUGAACACAUCCUCUCUUCAAGUGGUGAGAAUGGCAGUCGGAAUGUGUAUGUUGCUUCAUAUGCUUAUGAUGUCUCUGCCUUUGGAGGUGUGCAACACCUCCAGCUUGCUCAAAGGCGACAGACUAUGCAGUUGCAUAAGGUUCGUGGGUGUGUGCGUCCAUGUAUGUAUUUAGACAUUGAUGGCACAAUCAUCUUCGCCGAACUGUGCAAUAAGUAUGAAUGGUCAUAGAAGUCUAACACUGGUCACUAUAAUGGUGACAGGUCAAGAGUAAAAGAUGAGCUGGAGAGGAGGAAGCAGAGCGAAGGUUGCACUUCAGCCUUCGUUCUGCUUCCUUCUCUCCAGCCUAUCUUUUACUCUUACCUGUCACCAACUGUGGGCAUCUAGGACAAGGAACACUCCACCGAUUUUUUUCAUGGUCGCCAAUUUGCCUCACUUAGCCCAACACACCGAUAGGCAUUGCAGAACUCCUAACCAUGAUAUUUUGUUCAAGUAAUAUUUUGUUGUGAGGUUGCUGCAUUAUCAAACCUUAAAGGAGCUGUGCAACAAUUUCAAGGCUUUGCUUAAAUAAUUGUGGAAGUUGAUGCCUGACACUUCUGAAGUGAACUACAGAAUACAGAUUUUGCCUGGAUACCUUAGUUUUUAUUUUAAAAAGUUAAAAAGAUCCAGUUUUUCGCCGCCUCUCGACCUGUACAUCGUCUUCCGGGUCACGUGCGCAGUGACACGAUGGGGUAGGCGCGGGGUUCCGGUAAAGUUCUCUCUCUAAAGCCACCAGUGAGCAGCGAGAACUCAUCCGCUCGCAACCGCAUGACCACGUGCUGGUGGGCGCAGCGCGAAUAAUAUGAUGAAAGGAGGAAAGUCUCAUCCGGGUCCGGCCAUACCCGUCCACCUGUCCCCCUCCCCCUCCGGCUUGUGGCGGCUGUUCGCAGUAGCAGAGAGGGCUGGUGGUUUUGUGGACCUAGGAUAGAUGGCACCAUUAAAAAUCUAUAUAAUAAAAGUUCUGUCGAUAAUUACCAGGUUCUCGACGCAUUUAUAUUUAUGUUGGAACGACAAGAUUUAUAGAAAAGUUAUCUCUUAUCGAGCACAUAUUCGCACAACUUGCUAUAUUUCUACAAGA